AAUAUCCAUUUGUGUCGUGAAAUUGCGAUUCUCAGCUGUGCGAUUGUUCUGGUUAACGCCAAUUUAACCUGUAUCUGAAUUAAUGUGUUUGGGUAGUGGUGAACGUUUGUGAAUAUUUGUUGACGUGAAUUCUCCCGGGAUGUCACCUCCGGGUAACAACAAUCCAGGUCAUGUCUAUCAUCAUGGACCACCUCAUCAUGGGCCGCAUCAUCAUGGGCCGCAUCAUCAUGGGCCGCAUCACCAUGGACCACCUCAUCAUGGUCCACCUCAUCAUGGCUCACAAGAUCACGGUCCCAUCCAUCAUGGACCGCCUCAUCAUGGACCUCCUCACCAUGGACCACCCCCUUACGGAGCUCAUUUUGGCCCACCUCAGCACGGCCCACCACAUGUUGCACCGUCAUAUCCACCCCCUCCAUCAGGCCCUGGACACCACCACGGACCUCCUCCACAUCACAGAUUCUGAUGCUAUAAUUGCAACUCUCAAAAUCCCAGAUAAUUACAUAAAAGUACUUGAUGACUUUUCGUAUUUCUCCUCAAUCAAAAUAAAACUAUAACCGUA